UGGUCGUGGGGGUCUGGGAGCUGGAGUCCGCACGGAGUGCUCGGUGCGUCAGUGCUGAAUAAACCUAAACAGCCAUGUCUGUAACGAACGCUGUCGACGUCCUGUUUCUCUUAUGUGUUGUUUUCGCAGUUACCGGUGCAGAGGAAUGCGAAGUGUGUGUGGGGUUUUUGGACCGCCUCUACCAGUCCCUGGUGGCCUCUCAUAAGGAGCUGUCCACAGCACUUGUAGAGGAAGGACUUAUGAAAGCCUGUGCUGAAGCUACAGGGAAAGAGAACCGGCUAUGUUAUUACCUUGGAGCCUCAAGUGAUGCAGCUGCCAAAGUGACCGGGGAGGUGAGUCGCCCCCUCAGUGCCCACGUCCCAGUGCAAAAGAUCUGCCAGCGGCUCCAGCAGAGAGACCAGCAGAUCUGUGACUUACAAUAUGAGCAACAGGUGCUGGACUGGAGCCGAGAGGCUCUGUCAAAGAUGCGGGUGCUGGACCUGAAGAGAGUGCUGGCUUCGUGGGGAGAGGAGUGCCGAGCAUGCCUGGAAAAGAGCGACCUUAUAGAUCUCAUCCAGGAGGUGGCCCCCAAACACAACACAGCUCAGACUAGGAUGCAUUCGGAUGAGUUAUGAGGGCCCUCUCAUGCAGCUCCGUGCUAGGGACAAGUGCAUAGCUGAGAGGGGCCCCUUGUGCAGCUGCCCUUAGCAUGUCUCUAAGGCUUUUAAUUUGAUGUUGGGCACUGUGAUCUCACAUAUGCUGUUUAUUGGCAUGUGAAAUUUGGUGGUUUCAUUGAUAUGUAGAACGUAAUUGGCACGCUUUGAGGACGCUCUGUCUGGUUCUGUGACCCAUAUUUUGCUUUUGGAAUAAACAGAGGGAGCACUUGAAGAUGUAA